GCAAUCUGGAUGGCAAUCGUCAAGUACUGCGGCGCAGAAUGGCAGUCAGUAGUGACGAACCUGCCGAACAUUUUUGUCGCCUUGCUAAUGACAGUGGACGCCUAUAUGUUUGUGCUCAAACUGCUCUCCGUUGCCAUUUCGACGUGCUCGUCGAGGAGGCUAUUGCUGCUGACGUUUGCCUUGUAGCUGUGGAAUGUGGUGAGCAGUGAGGCUGCCUUGCUGUCAUCAUCAUCAUCAUGUACGGGUUUUUGUGCUACGCUCUUGAAAACCUUGUGAUUCGCUCGUACGGCAAAGAGAAAUGGAAGGAAGUGAUAGAGAAGGCCGGUGUAGAUUUGGAAGGAGACACGAUUCGUUUGAGGACUAGUUAUCCAGAUGGUCUGCUGUCUAAGCUCAUUCAAGCGGCUUCACAAGAACUUGACAUGGAAGUUUCCACACUUCUUUGCAAAUUCGGUGAAGAGUUCUUCAGAUGGUGCGUAGAAUUUGGAUACGACAGCGUCCUACGCUCAAUGGGUAGAAAUCUUGAAGAUUUUCUUUGCAAUCUGGAUAGUUUGCAUCACUACUUGGCCUCAGAAUAUCCAGGAAUGCAGUCUCCAUCUUUUCACUGUUCUCGUAAUGAAGAUGGGUCUUUGACUCUUGAUUACUUCUCAAAGAGGAAAGGACUUCAGAAUGUUGUGGUUGGCAUCGUGAGCAGCAUUGCUGCUAAUCUGUACAACACUCCAGUCAAAAUAUGUACAGUUGCUGAAUUUAAUGACAUUCCCACACUUGGCUUUGUGUAUCAUGCCGUUCUUGAGAUCUCAUAUGUUGAUGUCGAAAAGUCCCCAGGACAGCGCCUACCACCUAUCACUAUUGAUGAACUGUGCCCAGAACAAUCAGAUCCAACAUUUAUUGAGAAUCUAUUGCCUCCCUGUUUGUUUGACAAGCUCUUUCCAUUUCAUGUUGUCUUUGAUCAGGCACUUGUCAUCAAACAGUGUGGAGCUGCUUUGCGAAAAGUCGUUCCCUUAUUAUCUUCAAAAAAGCGUUACAAGUUUACUGAUUUGUUUAUACUUGUUCGUCCACCAGUUGGGCUGUCUUUUAAUCUUUUUGUUGAACACCCAGAUUGUGUGUAUGUUGUACAGUCGAAACCUGGUGUUGUAGCUCGACCUCCUUGCUCUGUAGAUUUUGAUAGUCAUGAAAAAUCAGAGCAUACCUGUACCCUUUAUCUGAAUGGCCAAAUGAUUUUAGUGAAAGAGCAUGGUUUUAUCCUUUAUCUAUGCUCUCCAAGAGCCACAUCUGUGGCAGGUUUAGCUGCAAGUGGCUUGUAUUUAAGUGAUAUCGCACUUCAUGAUGCUGCCCGUGAUUGCAUUUUCAAGAGUGGACUGAAUUCGGCGGAACAAAAUGUUUUCCAAGAGCUGGAGGCCAAAACAUACGAACUAGAGGUAGCACAGAAGGAGCUGCAGGAGGAGAAAAGCAAAACGGAUGGGUUGAUUCAUUCAAUUUUACCGGAAACUGUAGCAAAGCAGUUACGGAAUGGGGAGAAAGUAGAUGCUGAGAAAUUCUCUGUUGUCACAAUUCUUUUCAGCGAUAUCAAAGGCUUUACAAAUAUUUGCGCUAGUUGUGAGCCUAUACAAGUUGUAGAGCUGCUCAACGACAUGUACACAUUGUUUGACAGUCAACUGGCAAAGAACAAUGUGUACAAGGUUGAAACUAUUGGUGAUGCGUACAUGGUUGUCGGAGGUUUGCCUGUUCCAUGUGAGUCACAUGCUGUCCAUGUUGCCAACCAGGCACUGGAUAUGAUGGAAUGCGUGAAGGGAGUGAAACAUCCACAAACUCAGAGAGAAGGAGACGUUGAGAUCCGUGUUGGUAUUCAUUCUGGAGAGGCAAUGGCAGGAGUUGUUGGUGUCAAGAUGCCAAGGUAUUGUCUGUUUGGCAAUACUGUGAAUGUGGCAAGCAGAACAGAGUCGAAUGGAAUUGAAGGGAAAAUCAACGUUUCAGUAUCAGCUUAUCAAUACUUGAAGGACUGUGCAAACUUUUCGUUGACAAGCCGAGGGUUUGUUGAGAUGAAGGGAGUGAAAGAUGGUGGAAUGGUUUGUUAUUUCUUGGAGAGUGCUACUGGGGCAGAAGCAAGGGCCGACAAACUUGUAGUGCCAGUAGACAAACCAGUGUCUUUAAUUGAACAGUGGUCACGAGCAGCUAGUGUGAAGAAACAGAAGAAGAAUGUCAAGUACAACAGCAAGGGUCUUUCCGUUUUCAAUCUAGAGGCACCCUCCCAUAUUCGUACUCGGCUGACAAAACCUCUUCGCCCAAUAAAAGGAGAGUUGUCAAUACCAGAGCUUGGACCUGUUUCUCCUGUUCACAUUCUACCAUCAACAAUUAAUUUGGUUCCAUGCCUUCCUCCUACUGGGAGGUCAAAUACUCAAGUCGGGACACCAUCUCAUAGCAAAAGGAGCAAAAAGGGUCGACUUUCCUUGUCAGUGGCAAGCAACAAAGUGACUUCAAAGCGACUUGUAACUCGCAGGCAAACUCUUACAGUUGAUGAUUGUAAACCACACUCUGUCAGGUCCCAGAAUCGAAGUUUUUCAGAAGAUGGAGUAUUAGCAGGGUCUUGUCUUUCGGUCAAUGGUGGAGCAAUGAGCAGUCCAAGUGUCACUAGGCCAGCUGGGGCAGUUCGUCAUGGCUCUAUUAGUCAUACAUUGAUCCCACCACUUGGGAACAGCAGAUCUGGGAUGGCAAGUGGAUUUCACUCAAGUACUUCAUCGUCACCGUCACUGUCUCCUUUGCUACCAAGUGCAGUUGACCUUGAAACAACUGCCUUCUUUUCACAAAAUGGCAAAUAGAAACACUUUAGAGCAAACAAUUUUAAUAAGUCUUGCAGUAGAUGUGCAUUACUUGUUUUGCAAAUAGCAAUAGGUGAUUUUGUUGUGCUCUUGCAUGGCACUUUUUUACAGAAUGACUAGCAGCAGAGUAAGAUUGUUUGUGCUUUAUGAUCAGCACUAUAACCAACGUAAUGGUUGACAGCUAUCAUAGUGACUGUUUUAUGGAGAUGUAUACCUGUGAUGCACUAAUAGGUUGUGCUGAUAUGGAAGUAUAUUUUGAAUGGAAGACUCAAGUAUGAAAAUAGCUAGAGGUUAGUCAACUCAUGUAAAACACAUGAACGUUUUUUCCCUACCGUGCGUGUAUAGGUUCACUGUCACCAAACUGUGCAUGUGCUUGAAGUCUCUAGUUUCUGUGUGUUACAUACUCUAAAUGAUAAAACUACAGAAAUAAUUAACACAUAUUGCAGAAUAGUCUCAAUAACUGUUAAUCUUGCCUUCAAGCCCAUUAAUGUAGUUUUUAAAUCCAGACCUUACAACAAGACAAACUACAACUCAAAUUAUCUGACUGCACUGUACAAUUAAUGCCAUUUCGGCGAUCACCUUGUGGAACACAUACUUCUCAUAUUUCUACUUGUGCUGAAUUGGAAGAAACCGCAGUAAUUGGUGU